ACUCAUACCGGUACUUGGAUGUCCAAUUGUGGCCGUUGAUGGGGACGUUGCUAAGUCCUCCGUGACGAUCCCAAACAGUUUAGCUGGCUCAAAAAAGAGCUCCUUUUUUGCUACGGGCUUCGGCCUUUGCAAAGGUCGAGUCGAGUCGAGUGAUAGUUCUCCUGUUGUUGCGUUGUGGCUCCAAACUUGUGACAAUCGCCAUGAUUACAGCUGCCGCUACGGCGAAGCGUCCAAUGGACCAACAAGCUAGGAUUGUCGGAGGAUCGAGACGUCGGCUUGACGAUUCCGAAAUUGCUCCGGAAGACGUUCCACCGCAAUGCGAGUCACAAGAAGAGAAAAACUACGAAGACGAUGAUGAGGAGGAGAACGACGACGUCGAUGUCGUUUUCGAGCGCUCCGUCUCUAUUACCGCGAAUAGAGGGGUGUACAAAAUCUGCUCGACUCUUUCGAGAACGUACUCGCAUGAUUUUUUUGUUUGGGGUGUGGACGCGAAAGUCUCCUUUCAACCAACAAACUCCAGCUCAACAUCGCGGAGCGAUCCAGCUACGAAAGUUGGAUCUCUCGAAGGAUACCUACUUCGAUGUACUAAGGGCGUCCACUUUGUAGCCGAUUCAGUUCGAGAUGAAACGGUGGAGCUGGCCACGAUGUUUUGCGAACGGAAUGGUGCUAUCACUCGAGUCGAAACAGGAAUCGAUGAUGACGAUGUCUACGGAAACUUGAUUCAUAUUUACACCGUCGAGGUCGAAGAAGAGCACAGAGGGAAAUGCGACUUGGGCCUGCACUUGGUGCAUCACACGCUCGAAUUCCUUCAAAGCUUGAAGCAGCAUGACACGUCGCAAGAGCUUCGCGAAAGAGCGGCCAACGCCAAAGACAAUGAUUCAAAACAGUUCUAUCAAAGACUCAAAUCUUGCAUGCCCCAAGAGCGCUGGGGUUGGGCCAUUGCUCUCAUGGUACCGAAUGUGGGCUCAACGGCUGCCGAUGAGACAAGUCUACAGCGACACUUUGCCAGGAUGGGUUUCCGUCAAACUGGAAAAAACGUUGACCAGUGGCUUGCCUUUUACCUCACAGCGUCGCAGUUUGCCAGUAGUCGUGAUGGAAGUAUACCUGAAACUACGUGGAAGACCAAGGCAGAAAGCGAACAGAUCAAUCUGUUUGUCCCUCCCAAGUACGAGGCAACUGGGGCCGACAAGGAGCUGCGAGACUUCGUUUCCACCGGUGGCGCCGCCACGAACUUGGUCCGCUCCCAUCGCGUUCAGGAAGUGAUCACAAUCAUACGCUACAUUCUUGCAAACCGCGGUGCAAGUAUUCACGGCGCACGUGCACUGCAUGCGGCUGCGGCCCGGGAUUCUUACAACGCGGAGUUUCUUCAAAUCCUUGCCAACCUUGGUGGUGAUGUGAAUGCCGCUGAUGAAAAUGGAGAUACGCCUCUUCACGUGGCGGCAUCGAUGAAAGAUCCCGAGACCAUCGCGUAUUUGAUUCGACUGGGAGCUAGCAAAAUGUCAUUGAACACGACGCGGGAGAGUCCUCUUGACACGUUGAGCAAGUCUGUCAGAAACGAACUCGAUAUGUUUUGCAUGUUUGAUUUGCCCCAAUCUGUCUCACAGAUCUUGAAACGUCACCGCGCCAACGUGCUUCUCAUGGCAUCACAACUCCCUCCGCUUCUGAUUGACGGCUGGCUCCCUCCGCGGAUGAGAUACAUGUUGUCCGUAACAGCCGAGGACGAAGCGAUGUUGAUUGACGACGAUUCCAGAAGCUUUGAAUCUCGAAAGCCAAUGCCCCUUGACUCUGUUUUUCGAGAAUUCUUUCGUGGGAUUCGGAAAUCAGAUUUCUUCCCUCCAGAUGUCCUUCAUCAGAACCCUGGCGGGUUGUACAAGAGCUUCUGUGACGGCUGGGGAGAUAUAUGGCAGGCGAUCACUUCACUCCUGAACAACAACCAGGCACCAACUGUUCAACGUAUCUACCAGGAAAUUGAGAUGUACGGCCACUGGAAGUAUGACAAGAACAAGUUCCAGUAUUUCCUGGAGAAGGGUGGUAAGGUUGAGCACGCAUUGGAUGCAUUAAUCAUCUCCACCAUAGAUCUUGUUGAGAACGGCGACGGAUUCUAUGACUACGACAAGAAUGAUGUUGAGGCACUUCCCAAGACAACGCUUGAUGUUGACUACGACCUAGCUCGCGUAAAGCUCAUUGGUCUGCAAGAAGGUGGCGAGGUUUUGUCAAUGGGACCGUACGAGCACCGCUUCGAUACAAAUGGAAGAUACCAAAACAAUUGAAUCUGUGACUGUGGUGGUUGCUACUAGUGGAGGGGCCAACGAUGCAAGAGCCCAGUUUUGCACUGGCGUAGUAGGGUACCGGUAUGAUGAGAUGACGAUGCCCGACGAUACCUUCUUGAUUGACGAUUCAAUUCGGUAGAACAUUGAUCAGCUCUAGUAAAUACGUUUUUGUGUGAGAAGUACCGCGCCCAUGCAAUCAAUCAAACAAUUUCAAGAUUCCUCGUGGUGCGCUGUGUAGGCACUCCUCACCCAGAGCCAUUUCAAGGCAUUCCGAAGGAUCAACCGCCCUGAACCUUGCAUAGCCACUCCCAGCGUCGACACCAGCAAAGCUAAAAAGUGAGUUUGAAGUUCCUUAGUCAACUGCCUGCAUCCAAACGGCUGCUUCGCGUAUCGGUACAGUACCGGUACCGGUACCAUACCUUGGCCCAACAAUUUGUUGAUUGUAUCCACUUGGUCCCAGACCACACUGGUCAAUCGUGGUCACAA